AUGGCUCACGUGAUCCGUUGGCGCGCUCUGUUCCUGGCGCGUCGUUCCCACCGAGCUCCUUCGCCUGGCCGACCCUCGCCUCUGCCUGGCGAUACGCUCGAGUCAGCCGAGCAGAGCGACAGCAUCGAUCGCCGGCGAGCAGCGCAGAACAGAGAUACGAAUACUUGCACCAGUCAACAAAGUCCAGGAACACCCCGGCGCGACAGCACCACGACAUCAAUGCGCGAAAUGCACGCUCCGACUUCCACUUCCGAUCUGUGCUGGUUCGCAUCGCUUCUCGAUCGCGAAGUGCCGUUCCAGCACGAAGACGUGGCCGAUGGCUUUGCGUUAGUGCAGCUCUUGUCCAUGAUAGCACCGUCACAUGUCGACUUGUCGUGGUACGCCACUGACGAAGCGCUGCAAAUGGUCGACUUGACCCCGUACAACUACCGGAACCUGCAGCAGGGACUGCAAAGCUGCAGCUUUCUCUUCACCGAGCAGCAACAGCACAUCCUGGCCCGGCUUGUGUCAGGGACGGACAGCCUGCCGUCUGCCGAGGCUGCCUUGCAGAUACUCUCGGUGCUGCGGUCGGUCUAUGAGCAAGAGCAUCGAGCGCCAUCAGCAAGACUGCGCUCGGCUGCUCCAACCUCGCCCGAAGGAGUUCUCCCGGCCGACGACCAAACGGAGGCAGUGGCCUACGAGCCUUCUGAGAGCACUUUCAAGCCAUAUCUGCGAUGGAUGCUCCUGUUUCUGACAUCGCAUGCCAGCGCGGUCCAACUCGAACAGCUCAGAAUCGCUGAAUGUCUCGCCCAAAUUGAUUGUAACGUGCGAGAAAUCGCUCCCGGCCCACUCAUUGAUCUGCUCUGCAGUGGCCGAUUGUAUCAACUGCUCUCGGACUAUAUCUUUCCUCAAGGGCUCCCGACGCCCUCUCGUUCCGGCACGGAUACGUCGCGCUCCAUGGAGGCUGUCGACAUGCUGAUGGAGCGCGGCUUCCUCUCCUUCAAGAAGAAUGUCCGUGACUCGAUCAAAGAAAUGAUCAUGGACAAGUCGCCCUUCUAUGAGGUUUGUGAUAUGACCCACGUUGGGCUUGGCAGAGACGCUAUCGUGCAGUUCGGGGUUGAGACGAUACACCAAAAGAUCAUUGACGCGUUCAUGUCAGCCGACGCUCAGGCCAGGAUAGAUGUUGCGCAGAUUGUCAGCCAUGUCCAGUCGCCGAUUCAUUUCCAGACCGGGCCGCUCAAGUUUUCUCCAUUCGAUCUCGAGGAUGGACUGCUGUUGUGGUUCAACCAUGUGCAAGCCGAGGCGAGAAGCCGGACGGAUGGCGCCCCUCCUGCAUACCGUGCGGCUGUGCUAUCGUGCGAUGAGAGCGACGAUCUGUACCAUGCCUUCAACCACUGGAAGUCCUGGUUGAUGUUUUGUGGAUUUUAUUGCGGCCCAUCAUCGAUCCACAAGCACAUUAUGAACUUGGACGAAUGCGGAGCAGACUCAGAGCAAGCGUUUGAUUGCAUCUAUAGUAUGCUCGAGUCCGAAGGCUUUCCAACCCCUGCAUUCCGAGCCUCUGAGGCAGCCAUGUUCUUUGGCGACGACAGCAUCUCAGCAUCAUCUCUUGCCUCCUGCAAGGCCUUGUUACUGGCGUUUCUCUGCGAGCUAUUGGCGUUUGUGUCGCAACCCGCCUGCAAAAUAUCAGAGGACGAAAGGUGCUCUGCUUCACAUAUUCAUAAUCUCAUCGAAUUGCAGUGGAGUGUCAGAAUCAAGAGAGAGACCGCAAGCUCAAGAUCCAACCGCUCAGAACAAAGUUUGCAACAAUAUCAGCUUUGGCUCCUCACUCUCGGGGUCGCAGAUCGGCAUCUCAUCAAACCAGGCUCUGACAGGGUCGCGUGA